AUGCAGUGCAGCUGUAGCUCCUCAGCGGGACACCUUUCAUCGCCUUACUGGAGUAGAACAGUGCUCUUCCCUGACUGGGCCUACAAACCAGCCUGGUCGCCCGGCUCCAGACAGGUGCAGCUGUGGCACUUCCUGCUGGAGCUUCUCGGGCGGGGCGAGGGCGGGGCCAUCGGCUGGGGGGGGAGGGGGGAGUUCGUCAUCCGCGACCCCGAGAGGCUGGCCAGGCUGUGGGAGAGGAAGGGCAAACCUCACAUGAACUAUGACAAACUCAGCCGGGCCCUCAGAUACUACUACAACAAACGCAUCCUGCACAAGACCAAAGGGAAGAGAUUCACCUACAAGUUCAACUUCAGCAAACUGAUCCUGGUCAACUAUCCAGGAUACCCACCUCCUCCACCUCCUCCACUGGUGCAGAGCGGCCUCCUUCCCUUCCCUCUCCUCCCCCCCGAGGGUGGUGUUCCUCUGUGUGGAGGAGCGGCCUCGCUGAUGGACAGAGGAGUCCAGCCUUUGCCUCACCCCUUCUUGCUCCCGUGCUGCCUCCCUAAGCCCAUCCCGUCUCCCCGGGCUCUCCACGGCCACUUCCCUUUUAUCUCCCACCCUGCCCGUCAUGGGGCCGACCUGGGGGAGUCGGGCCUCCCACCUAUCCCGUUUUCCCUCCGCGUCGGUGCCAACGUCUGGCCGCACAAGAGCCCGGCAGGCUGGGAUCUGAACCGCAUCAGUCGAAACCUGUUUGGUGGAGUGAAGCAGACGGAUAUUCAAGAAGAGGAGAGGAGAGUGGGGGAUUUUGCACAGAUGGGGGAGAGAGAGUGA